AUGUCUGCUACAUUGGGUACUUUUAAAAUACCAGAAAUUCUUAAUGAACCAAUGAAAAACUAUGAAAUUGGUAGUAAUGAUCGAAUUAAACUUCUUGAUGCUUUAAAAGAAUUAAGAGCUCAAGCUCCAAUAGACAUUCCUGUUUUAGUGAAUGGUAAAAAGUAUUAUACUGGUAAAAUACAAGAACAAAGAAUUCCAUCAGACCAUGCAGUUGUACUAGCAAAAGCUCAUGAAGCUGACCCAAAUAUCAUAAAUGAAGCAAUCGAGGGAGCACUGAUAGCUAAAAAAAAUUGGGAAACUUUACCAUUUAGCGAUAGAUCUGCUAUAUUCUUAAAAGCUGCUGAUUUAGUUGCUAAUAAAUAUCGGUUUAAAUUGAUGGCUGCCACAAUGCUUGGUCAGGGUAAAAAUACAUGGCAAGCAGAAAUAGACGCUUCUGCAGAACUAGUAGACUUUUGGAAAUUUAAUUGUCAAUAUGCGCAAGAUAUAUAUCAACAACAACCGCCUAGAAAUGCAUCUGGAACUUGGAACAGAGUUGAGUAUCGACCACUGGAAGGAUUUGUUUAUGCAAUCACACCAUUCAAUUUCACAGCAAUUGGUGGUAAUUUACCAGGAGCACCAGCUCUAAUGGGUAACGUUGUACUCUUGAAACCUUCACCUUUUGCCACUCUAUCAAAUUGGAUAGUUUUGGAAAUACUCAAAGAAGCAGGACUUCCAGAUGGUGUAAUACAAUGGAUUCCUGGUCCAGCUGUCGAGAUCACUCAACAAAUAUUGAAGUCACCUGAAUUUGCAUCGUUACAUUUCACUGGAUCAACUUCUGUAUUUAAACAGUUGUGGAAAGAUAUUGGUAAUAAUAUUGAUAUUUAUAAAUCAUAUCCAAGAAUUGUUGGCGAGACUGGCGGGAAGAAUUAUCAUAUGGUACAUGAGUCUGCUGAUGUGUCGAAUGCUGUCAAUCAGACAAUUCGUGCUGCUUUUGAAUACUCAGGCCAAAAAUGUUCAGCUUGCUCUCGUGCUUACGUACCUGACUCAAUAUGGGAACAGUUUAGUAAAUUGUUAUUGCAACAAAUUAAUAAAAUUAAAGUUGGACCUGUUGAAGACUUUACCAACUUUAUGGGUGCUGUUAUCCAUAAAGGUUCUUUUGAAAAGAUUAAAAAUUAUAUUGAAUGGGCAAAACAAGAUCCAGACAGUAAUAUUAUAGCAGGUGGAACCUAUAAUGAUUCAAAAG